AUGGCGCAGGUACAAUUUCAAGAUGACACCAACGUGUCAAAGCCAGUCAAGAGAAUGCGAUGGGCUACAACAAGAAAGCCUGGCCGCAGCGGCUCGAAAAAGAGGAUGUCUUUGCUCCAGAGGGUGCCCAAAGUGCACGUAUCGGCAUACGAGGAGAAGCCUUCAGGCCCUGACAACCAGGCUCAUAUUUCUGAUGAGAGCCCCAUGGGCCAACAGCAAGAACCCGAAGAGCCCGAAUCACGGACAAUCUACUUCAACAUGCCACUGCCUCCCGAGGCAAGGAAUGAGGAAGGGCAUGUCAAGGCCGUAUAUGCAAGGAAUAAAAUCCGGACUGCGAAGUACACCCCACUCAGUUUCGUUCCCAAGAAUCUGUGGUUCCAGUUCCACAACAUCGCCAACGUAUACUUUUUCUUCAUCAUCAUUCUGAGUAUUUUCUCGAUAUUCGGCGCCUCAAAUCCAGGCCUGGGUUCCGUCCCUCUCAUCUUUAUCUUGACUGUAACCUCGAUCAAAGACGCCGUAGAGGAUUUUCGAAGAACUGUGCUGGACACGGAGCUCAAUAAUUCACCUGUGUAUCGCCUACUCGAUUGGGACAAUGUCAAUUCUUCAGCAGACGAUGUUGGUUGGUGGAGAAAUUUCAAAAAGGCCUGCACACGGUCUGUGGUCAACACCUAUCGUGCCAUCAAGCGUAUUGGACAAAAGAAAUCCAAACGGUCAGAAAAGAGUUCGGGAAAGCCUGGGCUUGAGCGGCACGGCUCCAGUGCAACGAGAGCUUCUGCACGAGCCUCCGUCUACUCGCAGCGAACUUCUUUCCACUCAACCCGCAGCCAGACCGAUAAUGAUAUUGCACUGACUCCUGUUCCUUCGCCGGGCUAUCGAUCAAGCCAUCCCGAGAAUGGCGAGCUUUCCGCUGCAGAAGCUCCAGGCAGCGCAUUCUCUUACCAGACGGCCGAGGACUCAACCUUUCCGGGAGAAAAUGCCCCAUUCGCGCAGGCAAAUCAAGAAAGCUCCAAACGCAAAAGCACUUUUGCGCCUAAUAAAGAUUACGGCAAUAUCAUGAAUCCCCACAAAGACAUUCCGGAGCGGGCACGCUUCAAGAAAGAUUAUUGGAAGAAUGUUCAAGUUGGAGAUUUUGUUCGCAUCUACAACGAUGAACAGCUCCCUGCAGAUAUUGUGGUACUCUCAACAUCGGAUCCGGAUGGUGCUUGCUACGUUGAGACCAAAAAUCUUGAUGGAGAGACAAAUCUGAAAGUUCGCCAUGCCCUUCAAGCCAGCCGCAAAGUCAAGCACGCACGGGAUUGCGAGAGGGCCGACUUUAUUAUUGAGUCUGAAGCACCUCACCCAAAUCUGUAUUCUUAUAGUGCUGUCGCGAGAUGGCAACAGGCCGACCCUAAGGACCCCAAUAAACCAACCCGCGAGAUGGCCGAACCCAUAACCAUCAAUAACCUCCUUCUGCGUGGAUGCAGUCUGAAAAAUACUGAGUGGGCUCUCGGAAUUGUGGUCUUUACUGGUAGUGAGUCGAAGAUUAUGCUUAACGCCGGCGUUACCCCUUCCAAGCGUGCAAGAAUGGCUCGUGAGCUGAAUUGGAACGUCAUCUACAACUUCAUCAUUCUGUUCUUCAUGUGUCUGGUUUCUGGUAUCGUUCAGGGUGUGACGUGGGCAGAAGGAACGAACUCACUUGACUUUUUCGAAUUCGGCUCUAUCGGAGGUAGUCCUCCACUUGACGGUUUCAUCACCUUCUGGUCUGCGGUCAUCUUGUUCCAGAAUUUGGUUCCAAUCUCUCUUUACAUUACCCUCGAGAUUGUCCGUUCCAUUCAAGCUUUCUUCAUCUGGUCAGACGUCCAUAUGUACUACGAUAAGCUUGAUUACCCGUGUACUCCCAAAAGCUGGAACAUUUCAGACGAUCUUGGCCAAAUUGAGUACAUUUUCUCGGACAAAACUGGCACCUUGACGCAGAAUGUUAUGGAAUUCAAGAAAUGCACCAUCAACGGCAUACCGUAUGGUGAGGCUUACACAGAAGCUGAAGCUGGUAUGCGUCGCCGACAGGGCGUUGAUGUUGAAGCUGAAGGGGCUCGGAUCCGACAAGAAAUUGCAGAGGCUCGAGUUGACAUGCUGAAACAGCUUCGUGAGAUGCACGACAACCCGUAUCUUCAUGAUGACGAUUUGACCUUCAUCGCACCCAAUUUUGUGGCAGACUUGACUGGAAGGUCAGGCGAAGCACAAGCACGUGCCAAUGAACACUUCAUGGUGGCCCUUGCACUUUGUCACACAGUAAUCACAGAAACCACCCCUGGAGACCCACCCAAGAUCGAGUUCAAGGCACAGUCGCCCGAUGAGGCCGCGCUCGUUGCAACUGCUCGCGAUGUAGGCUUCACUGUUCUCGGUCGCACCAACGAGGAUCUCCACGUCAAUGUUCUUGGCGAAGAUCGCACCUAUCGAAUUUUGAAUACCCUCGAGUUCAAUUCAACUCGUAAGCGUAUGAGUGCCAUCGUUCGAAUGCCAGAUGGAAAGAUUAUGUUGUUCUGCAAAGGUGCUGACAGCAUGAUCUAUUCUCGAUUAGCCCGCGGAGAACAGCAAGCCCUCCGUAAGAGUACGGCAGAGAACCUCGAGAUGUUCGCCCGUGAAGGUUUGCGUACACUUUGUGUAGCUGAGAGGGAGCUUGACGAAGAGUUUUACCAGGAAUGGAACAAGGAGCAAGAAUUUGCUGCUCAGGCACUCACCGACAGAGAAGACCGUCUGGAGGAGGUUGCUGACCGAAUUGAACGUGACCUUACUCUGAUCGGUGGUACUGCGAUCGAAGAUCGUCUUCAAGAUGGGGUUCCAGAUACUAUUGCCCUUCUUGGCCAAGCUGGUAUCAAGCUGUGGGUUUUAACAGGUGACAAGGUCGAGACUGCCAUCAACAUCGGCUUUUCCUGCAAUCUUCUUUCCAAUGAGAUGGAUUUGAUUCUAUUUGACAUGCCAGAGGGAAAGGUGGAGGAUGCUGCCAAACUAUUGGACCAGCAUCUACAGACUUUCGGCCUCACAGGAUCCGAAGAAGAAUUGGCAGCUGCUCGCCUGAUUCAUGAACCGCCAGCCGCAACUCACGCCCUCAUCAUUGACGGCGAGUCCUUGAAAUUGGUUCUGCAUGAUGAUCUGAGACAGCGAUUCCUGCUGCUUUGCAAGCAGUGUAAAUCCGUUCUCUGCUGUCGGGUGAGUCCGGCACAAAAAGCCGCGGUAGUACAGCUUGUGCGCCACGGCCUCGAUAUCAUGGCUCUGUCAAUUGGUGAUGGUGCCAAUGAUGUUGCCAUGAUUCAAGAAGCCGAUGUUGGUGUGGGUAUUGUUGGUGAAGAGGGACGACAGGCAGCCAUGUCGUCGGAUUAUGCUAUUGGACAGUUCCGAUUCCUUCAACGACUAGUUCUUGUUCACGGUCGCUGGUCAUAUCGCCGACUGGCUGAAUCCAUGGCCAAUUUCUUUUACAAGAAUCUCGUGUGGACGUUUGCCCUCUUCUGGUAUCAGAUCUACAAUAGCUUCGACAUUACGUAUCUGUUCGACUACACCUAUAUUCUACUUGUCAAUCUGGUCUUUACCUCCUUCCCCGUUGGCCUGAUGGGUUUUCUAGAUCAAGACGUCAGCGACAAGGUUUCCCUCGCGGUGCCGCAGUUGUAUCGAAGGGGCAUGGAGAGGAAAGAGUGGACACAAACCAAGUUCUGGCUGUACAUGGUCGAUGGUCUAUACCAGUCCGCUGUAUGUUUCUUCAUGUCCUACCUACUAUUCCAACCAGCAACCUUCGAGUUGCCAAAUGGACGCGGUAUUUCUGAUCGAAAUCGUAUGGGUGUCUACGUUGCUUGUACAGCCAUUGUGGUCAUCAACGCUUACAUCUUGAUGAACACAUACAAGUGGGAUUGGAUUAUGGUCCUGGUCACCAGCGUCAGUGUCCUCCUCAUCUUUGCCUGGACUGGAAUCUACUCUUCAUUCGAAUCAUCAUUCCAGUUCUACAAGGCAGGCGCAGAAGUCUACGGAGCACUGACAUUCUGGGCUGUGCUCCUUCUUACUGUGGUCAUCUGCCUUCUACCUCGUUUUACCGCCAAGUAUUUCCAAAAGAAUUACCGCCCAUAUGACAUCGAUGUGGUUCGUGAACAGGUUCGACAGGGGAAGUUCAAGUAUCUGGAUGAGUACGACGCGUACGUACCACCAAAACUGACAGAUGUGUCGGGUACCUCUUCGGAACAACCCGAUGAACAGCCUGCUGAGGCCGAGAACCGCAAGAAUCAUGCCCGAUAUUCAAGCAUGGCUGAAUCCCAACGACCAAUCUAUCCACCAUCCGAAGCACCCACGCGUCAUCCACACAGCCAGAAUGGAAGCGAUGGAACUGACAGGACGAAACCAUCCCUUGAUAUGGCAAGGUACCAAGGGCAAGCCUCCACACCUGAUAAGCUGAAACAAAGGCGACCUUCCUUGGAACGUGUACGUUCCUCAUUUGAGCGCCAGCGACAAUCUUUUGACAGAUUACGACCCAGUUAUGAGGGCAGUCGUGAUUUCACCAGCGCAGCUCUACUGCAGCGCAUGGAAUCCAGCUAUUCUCAGUCUAACUACUCGCAGGCAACUGGUGCACUAUCACAACAAAACACGCGCAAGGCCCAGGAUGCUGGGGAUGAGCUUCAAUAG